GCCGUAUCCGGCUUUCCCCCGUGUUCAUGACGUGAAAGACAAGGUUUUCGACGAAACAUGCCCAAACAAAUACUGGCGUGUUCGCAGUAACGCCAUUUUGACGCUGAAGAAGCAAGGUCUUCGCCCUUAUCCGCAUAAAUUCCACCAAACUAUGUCACUCUCUGAGUUCAGUGAUAGGUACACGCACCUUUCAGAGGGAGAGCAGCAUGUGGAUGUUGUCAGUGUAGCUGGACGAAUACAGAAGAAGAAAGGGGAUAAUGUGAAUGUGUGCUAUGACCUCACUGGAGAUGAUUCAACACUAGCAGUUGUGGCGGAUGGGAGGGAAUGGGAGAGGCAGAAUAACAAUGUCUAUGGAACAGUCUGUACAGGAGAUAUUGUGGGAAUAACUGGCUCACCUGGAAUGACUAAAAUGGAGAGUUGAAUAUUGUACCUAAGAAACUGGCUCUACUUGCUCCAUGUCUUCAUGUCAUUCCAAAUGGAAAGAAUGGCCUGUUAAAUUCAGAGAAACAAAGAUACCUUGACCUGAUGAAUCACAGUCGUUUCAAACAGAACUUCAAAAUCCGGUAGGAUGGUGCUAUAUUAAUUACCCACGUAGAUAUAUUGACUUAUUUCUCAACUAAUAGGGCUAAGGUCAUGUCUUCUAUAAGACAAUUCUUUGAAUCUCUUGGAUUCUUAGAAGUGGAGACCCCAAUGAUGAACGGCAUUGCUGGAGGAGCAUCAGCAGUACCUUUUGUCACACACCACAACCACUUUGACACCAACCUGUUUAUGAGGGUUGCACCUGAGUUGUAUCUCAAGAUGUUGGUUAUAGGAGGCAUUGAAAAAGUGUUUGAGAUUGGAAAGCAGUUUAGAAAUGAAGAUGUUGACAGGACCCACAACACUGAGUUUACUACUUGUGAAUUUUACAUGGCUUAUGCUGAUUACUCCGAUCUGAUAGAAAUAACAGAGAGACUCAUAUCUGGACUGGUAAAAGACGUUCAUGGGUCCUACAAGAUAAAACACCAUCUAAUGGGAAACCCUAACAAGGUUGUGGAAAUCGACUUCACUCCUCCAUUUAGACGGAUCUCCAUCAUAGAGGAGCUAGAGAGACAACUUGGGGUGAAUUUCCCCCCUCCAAAAACAUUUGCUUCAACAGAGUAUAGAAACUUUUUAGAAGACAUUUGUCUGAAGCACUCCAUUGACUGUGGUCAUCUCAGAACAGCGUCGCGCCUCUUGGAUAAGUGUGUGAAUCCUACAUUCAUCAUGGAC